GUAUCAUGCAGAAGAAUUAAAAGAUACGAAUGAUUCUUCUAACGAAUUGGAUAUAAGCAGUAUAAGCACAACGCCAGAAGCAGAAGCAAAGAAAAUAAAGAAGCAGAAAAUAAUUACUUCAUAUGUUUCUAAGAAAAGUUUAUUAUAUAACGAAACUGAUGAAAAAAAACGUAACUUGGACAAACUAGUAGCAUUAAUGAUUGCAAAGGAUUUGCAGCCAUUUUCGAUUGUGAACGACAAAGGAUUUCAGGCUCUAGUUCAUGCAUUAGAUCCGAAAUACAAAUUACCGAAUAAAACAACAUUGCGAAAUACGAUACUGCAAUCUUUGUUUAUCGAAGUUAAUACCAAGCUACAAGAUAUUCUUGACCAAACAGAAUAUGUAUCAUUUACUACAGAUUUAUGGUCAUCUAUGGUAGGAGAGGGCUAUAUCACAAUCACUUGCCACUUUGUUUUACAUGGAGAUCUUAAAACUGUGGUACUAGAGACAAUUCAAAUAGAGGGUAAUCAUACAGCUGAGCAUAUUAAGGAGCAUAUUGAGAAAGUUAUUAAAAAAUGGCAUUUGAAAGAUAAAGUACAAUGCAUCGUUACUGACAAUGCUCAAAAUAUGAUUAAUGCUUGUAAUCUGCUUAAAAUAAGGCAUUUACCUUGCUUUGCUCAUACCUUAAAUCUAACAGUAAAUGAUGGAUAUUUUAAAAAAAGUACUGUUGCAAUGGAUAAAUUACGAGAAGAACAACGCAAAAGAAAUUUGAAACAAUUAAAACCAUUGCAAGAGGUUGCAACAAGGUGGAAUAGUAUUUUGUACAUGAUUAAACGACUGAUCGCUUUAAACACAGAAGACUGUUUAAUUGUAACUCUGUCAAAAUUGCCCAAAGCGCCAGAAUCACUAAACUUUAAUAACUUCAUUGAGUUAAAUGAAAUGGUAAAGGUGCUUCAACCUUUUGAGACCGCAACAAAUCAAAUUUCUGGACAGAAAUAUGUGACGGUAUCGUUAAUUAUCCCUUUGGUGGUAGGACUAUAUAAUAAUUUAACUGAAAUAGAGCACUCACUUACCAGUGAUAUUGGGAAACAACUAUGUACAGAAUUAAAAUUAUCUAUAGUAAAACGACUCUUUAUAUAUGAACAAAGAACUAUUCCUAAAGUUGCGACAUUAUUAGAUCCUAGAUUAAAGAAAUAUGCAUUUCGUAAUAUAGAAAAUGCGAAUAGUGCUCAGCAACUUGUUCAACAAGAAGUGGCUCAACUAAUCAGAAAAGAGAAACAAUUGCAUUUGGACAGUGAACCAUCUACUUCUCAGAUAUUGUCACCUUCAUCGGUUUCAUCAAUAUCGAGUGAGUCAACUAAAGCAACGACAAAUGUUGGAUUGAUGGAUUUUUUAUACCAGCGCAUUUCUCAAGUAACAAACACGUCAAAUGCGACGGCAGACAGUAUUAUAAUAACUCGUCAAUAUUUGGAAUUGCCCACGCUUGAAUUGAAUGAAAAUCCGAUUUCAUAUUGGAUAGAAUAUCCUGCAAAGGAACUUUGGAAGAUAGCUGAACGCUACAUUUGCGUCCCAG